AUGUUUCUUCAGUCUGGAAAAUCUCAGUUGACGAACUUACCUAGCACACCCCUCAUUUCUGUGCCCGGCCCACUCGAUGAGUUCACCCCAUUCUCCGGAUUACCUUUAGAAUUAAGACGCAAGAUCUGGGGGUUCGCAGUUCUAUUCCACCCAAGAUUCUUUGAACUGGUAUGGUUUAGCUCUGAAAAUAACCUUCAUCAAUUAUUCAAAGUUUCGAAGCAGACCAAUCGUGUCCCGCCAAUCAUGGAAGUCAACAGAGAGGCCCGUGAAGAAGGUAUGCGCAUCUUCGAAAAGCGAGUAUUCAACAAUUGCAACAUUGAUUUUGGAAGUCCUUUUGAAGUAGAAGGAGAAAAAUCUCAGUGUACAUGGUUCAAUCCCGAUCUGGACACAAUCUACUUUGGCGAAAACACAUGCAUUCGAACAGUUGCGGAAUUUUUUAAUUUGUUCUCGCAAAUGAAAGUUCCAAAGAUUGCUUUCGCAAUAAACGUACAUGUUCCUGAUUCGUGCAAAUGUAAUUGGAACUCUGGGGAAUGGAACCCUGGUAACAAUUCGGUAACAAGUCUUCAAAUUCUUCAUGGCAGGCCUUUGAAAGGUGCAAAUUCGCCUACGUGUCCAGGCUCACCCAGCACAAGGGAGGUUUAUAUCGUUCUCCCGUCCUUUAUCUACAGAUAUGCGGCAGGGGAAAUGCCAAAUACGAUCACUUUCCGUCCCUCCGUUCAUGAUGUUCUUGAAAUAGAUGGUGUACAAAUAGGUGCAGCAUGGGCCAAUGAAAUCCAUAAAAUUAAAUCCGGGCUUGAUUUCGGAUGCGGACCAAGUAGAUGGACAAACGGUAGUUGUCCUGAUUUUAAUUUUGUUUCCUUUGGUCCAUGUUAUAAAGAUGGAAAGGGAAAGAAACUCAGACACGAUGGUCUCCUGAUGUCUUCGGAAGACUGUGAAAAGAUCACUGCGCAUGGAGGAGCAUUUCUCGAGGAUUUGAAACUUCGUACUGGUGUUGAUAUACGUUUUGGUUCUUGCAGCGACUCAGAUGCUUACCCUGGCUGGUGGGAGACGGUGAACGAAGUUGGCCUUUUCAAUGGAACAAAUAAAGGUAUCAAAGAAUGCGAAGUCGAAAUUUUGGCCCAUUGUCUUAAUGCCAGAUGA